UUCACAGAGACGAUAUGGAAAUGAUGUUGAAUAAAAUAGUUCCCGAAGGUUUGCCCUAUAGGCAUUCGUGCGAAGGACCCGACGAUAUGCCCGCACACGUGAAGGCCUGCUUUCUGGGCAGCUCACUGACAAUCCCCAUUACCGAUGGCAAACUCUCGCUGGGCACCUGGCAGGGCGUUUGGCUGUGCGAGCAUCGCGAUCAGGCCGGCAGCCGUAAGCUGGUGAUCACACUCACUGGCUGUCCGCGCGAACAGGCUGUACGCAGUCCGCUGUCACCCGUCUCGCCCAUCGCCAGUACGUCCAGUUAGGGGCGGCCUCGCUCCACCCGCGACAGCCGGUAAUCGCGGGGGAGCGACAAUAAUGACAUCAUUUCGUCGAGGAAGUUGAUUUUACAAAAGAAUUUAGCUAGGGCCACAGCACAGCAGCGAGCGGCGGCGGUUAUAGCCGC